AUGAAGACAUCGCCUCAAACGAUAAACGAUGUGCCGCACAAGCCUGUGACUGAUUACACCCGAUGGAGGUUGAUAGUUACUGACGUCGGCAGGCACCAGUGGAAGUAUCUCUCCCCUGAGCAAUCGGCUGCUUCUCCGCAGAGUAUUGAAGAUAAAUACUGGUUGGGAUUGGAUAUUAAUCUACCUCAACUCCCUGAGCCACGAAACCCCCUCGACGCUGCUCGUAAUGGCUUCAAAUUCUACAAGCAAAUUCAAUCCGUAGAUGGCCACUGGGCUGGUGAAUAUGGAGGUCCCAUGUUCUUGCUUCCUGGUCUCGUUAUUUCAAAUUACAUAUCAGGUGUGAAACUCGCCGAGGAACAGAGAGUGGAAAUUAUUCGCUAUCUCUUUAACAGAGCUCAUGAAGUUGAUGGCGGCUGGGGAAUACAUAUUGAAAGUCCAUCCACUGUAUUCGGUACAGCGCUAAACUAUACAGCGCUUAGGCUUCUUGGUGUUGAAGCAGAUCACCCUGUCAUGACUAAAGCUAGGGGGACUCUGCACAAGCUUGGCGGUGCAACUGGAUCUCCAGCGUGGGGGAAGUUUUGGCUUGCUUGCUUAGGUGUAUACGAUUGGGAUGGUGUCAAUCCAGUACCACCUGAGCUCUGGUUGCUACCAGAUUGGCUGCCAAUACAUCCUACCAAAUGGUGGAUACACUGCAGACAGAUUUACCUCCCAAUGUCAUACCUCUAUGGGAAGAGAUUCAUAGGCCGAUCGACUGAGCUUACAGAGCAGCUGAAACAAGAGCUGUAUGUGGAUCCGUACGCUAGUAUUGAUUGGUCUGCACAGCGGAACAACGUCAACAAAAUCGAUCUCUUCCAACCACAUUCAGCUGUAAUGGACGCCCUUAAUGCUGCUCUCUACUACGGAUAUGAACCCUGCUCUAUACCACCGCUUAGACAAGCAGCUCUAAGGAAAGCUUACACGCAUAUCGUUCACGAAGAUGAGAACACAUGUUAUCAGGGAUUAGCGCCUAUCAAUAAGGCUUUCAACCAGCUCUGCCGUCUGGAUGCUGAUGGGCCUGAUUCUAACGCCGUCAAGAAGCAUUUGGAAAAGACAAAUGACUUUUUGUGGCUUGGUCCUGAUGGCUUGCGUGAGACUGGUACAAACGGAUCUCAGCUGUGGGAUGCUGCAUUCAUUGCUCAAGCACUCGUUGAGACGGGACUUGGCGAAGAAGAAGAAAACAAGCAAGCCACUGAGAAGCUCCUUGAAUGGAUUGACAAAUGCCAAAUAAGACAAGAUCCGCUCUAUCCAGCUUACCGUCAACCAACUAAAGGUGCAUGGCCAUUUAGUACAGCUGAACAAGGAUAUACGGUCAGUGACUGCACAGCUGAAGGCAUAAAGUCUGUCAUAUACCUUCAGGAGUAUUUGAAGCACACAAAACACCACGUCUCGUAUGAACGUUUACAUGAUUCAGUCGAUCUGCUACUAGGGAUGCAGAACGCAGAUGGUGGUUUCGCAUCGUAUGAGCUGACGAGAGGCUCGAAACAUCUCGAACUCCUCAACCCUGCUGAAGUUUUCGGUAAGAUUAUGGUCGAAUACUCGUACCCAGAAUGUACAACAUCUGUCGUUACGGCACUGUCACUGUUCAAGAAGCACCAGCCAGAUUAUCGUAGAGAGGAUAUAGAAAGGACAACAAAUGCAGCUAUCAAGUAUAUUCAUGCCGCACAAAGAGAAGAUGGAAGUUGGUAUGGGAGUUGGGCCAUUUGUUUCACGUAUGCGGCUAUGUUUGCUUUAGAGUCGCUUUCUUCGGUAGGAGAGCACUACGAGAACAGUGAAAAAGUAAGAAAAGCAUGCGAGUUUCUUCUCAGCAAACAGAAAGAAGAUGGUGGAUGGGGAGAAUCUUAUUUGAGUUGCGAGACAGAGGAAUACACUCAGCACCAAGACAGUCAGGUAGUGCAGACUUCGUGGGUCGUUCUUGCGUUGUUGCAUGCCAGAUACCCACAUAAAGAGCCAAUCAAACGCGCUGUACGAUUGAUAAUGAGUCGACAAAACAAAGACGGUAGUUGGACGCAGGAAGCGAUUGAGGGUAUAUUCAACAAGAAUUGCGCUAUUUCAUAUCCAAAUUACAAGUUCUCCUUCACAAUCUGGGCAUUGGGGAAGGCGUAUCGAGAAGUGGGUGAUAUUGAAUGGUAA